UCACAGCUUCUCUGAGAAUUAACUCGCAGCUCCCGCUGCCGACUCUCCUCUCAUCUUGAAUCUCACACUUCACUUCACACAGCACCGCCACUGGGCAACGUUCUCGAUUUCUUUCCUCUUUCCCUUUUUCUUUUGUUUGUUUGGAUUUUGCUUCUCCUCCAUUUUUGUCGGCAUCGCCGCCAAGAUCUAGCUCCUGAUCUCAGCACGCCACUCCCCCAUUCCCCUAACCUGCUUCUAUUCUACUUACCCACAAUAUGAACCGGCAAUGGGGCUCCGAUUCCGGCGCCGGCGGCGGUGUUUCUCCCGUAAUGUCGCCGUCCCGUAUCCCACCCCACGCCCGCUCCUCCUCUGCUUCUUCGGGCCUCUCCACCAUCAAGCGAAACCAGAACUUCGCCGCCAAAGCCGCCGCCCAGCGCCUCGCUCAGGUCAUGGCUUCCCAGACUGCCGACGACGACGAUGAGGACGACGCUGACGACCUCGAUUUCCGUUACAGCGCUCCUCCUCCUCCUCUCUCCAUCUCCCGCACUGCCGCUGCUUCGAGUGCUGCUGCUCAGCCCGCUCCAAGGAUCGCCAGAUCCCCUUCCCCUGCUAUUCCGCGUAACAUUGCUGAGGAAACUCCCUCGGUUCGCUCCACAUCGGCUGGAAGGUCCGCAAUCUCACUCCGAGCAGCAGCACCACCGGUUCCGCCCAGUAAAGGGUCAUUGAGGACGGCUGUCUCGUUACCACCUCCUCUGGAGCCACCUAAAAAUGGCUUUAGGGACAGAAAGAGAUUCUCAUCUGAUGAAGUGCUUCUUAACUCGAAAGAUUCGGGAGAUCAUCGAGAGUCUUCUGCUCUUCGUGAUGAACUUGAUAUGCUCCAAGAAGAGAAUGACAGCAUGGUUGAGAAGCUGCGGUCUGAGGAGGAAAGAUGUCAAGAAGCUGAGGACAGAGUCAGAGAGCUGGAGAAACAGGUGGCUGCUCUUGGAGAUGGAGUAUCUUUGGAAGCAAAAUUGAUGAGCAGGAAGGAAGCUGCUUUGCGUCAAAGAGAGGCUGUUCUUAAGGAUGCAAAGCAGAAUGCAGUGGAUAAGGAACUUGCUGCUGUUAGGUCCGCAAUUCAAAAUGCAAAAGAUGAGGCGUCAGUAGUACUGAGACAACUUCACGGAGCUGAAUCUGAAGUAAAAGCUCUUCAUUCAAUGACACAGAGAGUGGUUUUGACUCCGAAAGAAAUGGAAGAAGUUGUUCUUAAGCGGUGUUGGCUUGCUCGUUACUGGGGCUUAGCUGCCAAAUAUGGUAUCUGUGUGGAUGUUGCUGUGCCAAAGCAUGAAUACUGGUCAUCAUUAGCACCUCUUCCACUUGAAAUUGUUCUUUCUGCUGGACAAAAAGCCAAGGAGGAAUGCUGGGACAAAGGUGGUGAUGAUGAUAAGAAGGAGAAGAGAAGCAAACUAGCUCCGGACCUGAGCGAUCUAACUGGCGAAGGAAAUAUUGAGAGUAUGCUGUCUGUUGAAAUGGGAUUAAAAGAGCUAGCUUCCUUGAAGGUUGAAGAAGCUAUUGUGCUUGCGCUGGCACAACAACGACGUGCAAAUUCUGUUCGGCAAUCAAUCGCAGGCAUGCCCUUUUCUUUCUUAUUCUCCUCUGUUUCAUUCGGAUCAAAACAAUGGGAACUAUUUUCUUAACAUCUUCUUUAGUAAACUGUACUAUUGACUGAUAGGAACGUAGGUUAACGCCCGAUAUUUGAAUCUAAUCUCACCUUCUCAAUUUAGUUCAGUUUGAUUUUGAACCUUAUUAUCCUUUAUUUCUUUUCGUUCCAAUCCCUGACUUGAUCUGAUUAUGGAUUGAGUUGGACCAUGCUCAACCCUAUUGAUUGAUUGCUUCAUUUUUGUUGUUGUUAUUGUUGCAUUUAGAGCUCAAAUCACCAGGUGAUCCAAAAUACAUGGAGGCAUUUGGUAAGCACAUUCGGUAACCAUCAAGUGCUCAUCUUUAUGACUCUAUCUGCGUAGUUUAAUUUGAGUCAUAUUGUCAUUGCUCAUCUCUUUUCUUGGGCAGAACUUAGCCCGGAAGAGUCUGAAGAUGUGCUUUUCAAGGAGGCUUGGCUGACGUACUUCUGGGGGAGAGCUAAAGCAAACGGAGUGGAGGAGGAGAUUGCAAAGGAGCGGCUUCAGUUCUGGAUCAACAGGAGCAAGCACUCACCGAGUUCAUACGAUGCUGUCGAUGUGGAGCAAGGUCUGAUAGAGAUGAAGAAGUUGGGGCUGGAGUAUCGGCUAUGGGAAGCAUCGCGGAGAGAGAUAGAGGAUCUUGACAGCAACUCUUCACGGAGAUAGCCGAAGCAAAAACCAAGGAAAGAGGCCACACUGCGUCUGUAAAGUUUGCUGUUUCUAUUCGUUGUUUCAUGUGCGGGCAGUAACUAGAGAGUGUGUAUUAUACGUCGUGAUUGGCAGGCAGCUGCAUGUAUCAUCCUUUGUUCCCCGUUUCCAGCUGAUCAUUCUUGAUAGUAGCCUUGGGAGGAAGUUAAAAAGGAAAAACGAGCGAAAGGAGCGAAAAGAGAGAAAUUUUGCAAGGGAAAAGGGUGGAUGAGAACACUACCCCUUUUGUUGCUUUAUGGGUGGAAGGGCAGGGAGGGAAAUGAACGAAAGUAAAGGAAUUUCUGUGCAAUUAGAUUUGUACAUAUGAUUUGAAUUGUGACAAAACAAUUUAAAUGACACAUUUAAAUGACACAUUUGGUCACCGAGAUUACUAAA